AUGGCCCUCCGCCUAGCCGAACCAUCUGCGCCGCGAACCCACCACAUCGAAAACAUCAACAACCCCACAGAAAUCCCCGUUCUCAUCCCCAAACCCAAAGCGAAGAGGAGAAAAGACAGCACGCAACCCAAUCCACCUUCUCUAGUCCCGAACCUUGAAAGCCGGACGCAGAGUGUUAUUGGUCCGCCGGUUGGGCUUUCGCAGAUGAUUCAGAGGGCGCCGGGGAGUGUUAGGGUGAUGACUCCUUUGCCUGUUUCUGUAUCUUCGGAGACAGGGUCUUCAGGUGGAGAGAGGGGGGAAGAGGUUCAGCGUGGACCCAGGCAGGAACAUUCAGGUUCAAGUCUCUCCGACCGAUUGCGGCAAACGCAACUUGAAGAUCUUCCUCUGCAACGGGAUGCAGCAAAGGAGAUACGGGAUCUGAUGAUGGCGCUUGAACGGGAUCAAGGUGAGGUGGCUGGCACGCCUGCUCAGUAUGCGGGUGGUCAUGGGCCGCCGAACGGUGUCGACACAGAUGCUACCCCCAUUGAACGCCUGGGUGAACUACCAGCUGGUUUCUCACGCCCCGAAAUGACCUCCUCAUCCGCCCAUACACAGCCCAGCCUCUCCCCCCACGAAACUCUUGAACGACACUUCCGCACACAACGCCAAGUCAAUGAGCGUUUCAUCCGUCCCGUUCGUGCGAUAACUUCGCAGUCGAGUAGUCGGACGCUGCCGAGGAGCUAUCGGGUUCCGGAGGGGCAUGGUGGUGGGAGGGGUGUGCUUAGGGUCACUAACGCGGUUGUGCAGGGAGAGGGGGAGGGAAGUACUGAGGUUGGGGUUGGGGUUGAUGGUGGUGAGGAUGGUAAGGGUGGUGGUAGUGCGAAUAAUGUUGUUGAGAAUCAGCAAGAUGGCACUGAGGACUUGGAGGCGGAUGCAGAAGAGCAGAAGGGUGAAUCUCUACUCCGAUAUAAUGGUGACGAGGAAGGUGGGAGAGAUGUGACAGAGGCUGGAUGA